ACUCAGUUCAUCUUCAGUCGUCGUCUGGCUCGCUGGCUUCUGGCUUUUGGCUCUCAGCUCUUGGUUCUUGGUUAACAGGAGUCCCACUGCCACUUCCAGUCUUUAUUAAUUGUGCGUGACAUCGAGAAAUAAAAAGACAAAAGAAUUUCGCAUCCGAAACAAUCGUAAAUUGAAAGCACAGCAGGAUUUGCUUUCAGUGCAGUCGUGUGUGUGAUUUUGCAUUGUGAUCUCGACGAGUGACAAUCAUUUCUCGUUUUCAGUUCAAGGAUAUUUUUGGUCAAGGCGAAAGGAUUGGUCAGCGCAACGCCAGGAAUUUUUAGUUGAAAGCCAUAAACUAUUCACAAGAAUUCGGCUGUAAAAUGCGCUUCUUUGUUCUAUUUGGAUUGCUUCUGGCCUGUUUGGCUUCUAGCCAGGCCCAACAACAACAACCCAGUGGACUGGCCGUCGAAAUUCAGAAGCAGCGCCUGAUCAAAUUCCCCGAUGAGUUUGAUCCGAGUAGUUCGAAUCCUUCGGCGGAAAAGGCGGACGAGGCCAAGCGAAUCCUCGAGCAGAUCGCCAAGGUAAACGAGGCCUUCGGCUACGUGAAGAAGCAGCCGGAGCAGAAAAAGCUGCCGCCCAUCCUCGACUCCAGUCAGUAUUUGUUCCCCAAGCCGGCCCAUCAGCCCUUCCACGCCCACCAGCACCACUUCUCGGGCAGCAAUGGUCAGACUUUGCUAGAACCCUCAAUCAGGGCGGUGAAAUUAACCAGGAAUGUGGCAGGGGAGAACUACAAUGUACCUCCCAGGUUGAGAAACUCAGGGGAAGGCUCUUCCAUCAACAAUGUACCUCCCAGGUUGAGGAACUCAGGGGAAGGGUCCUCCAUCUCCAAGGAGGAGAAGAAAACCCAAUUAUACUUCAGACCCAACAGGGUGGAGGUACCCAAACCCAUUUCCGAUGAGGAAGCCCAGCAAUUACCCGCUCACUUUGUGAUACCCGUUCACCUGCACAAACUCAACAAGGAGGAUUACAUCAAGGAGCACGCCUCGCAGGAGUACAAGAUCAGGGGCUACAAGAUCAUCGGCGAUGUGGACAGCUUCUAUGGAAAGGCGAAGUCGGCAAGGAAACAGGGCAAGACCACGCCCAAAUAUCAUUUGUUCUUCCUUCCUCGGGAACUUGCUUUAAAUGAAGAUGGUUCACCAAAGAGGGGUAACUCCACUACAACCACUACAAAGGCUCCUUCUCCUGCUCCUUCGCCUGUGAGCUUCAAGGAGUAUCGGCUAGACUCCCGUGAGAAGCCAGUCCACAAAAACCAGAAGACUCAACCCAGUUUGGCUCCAUCAUCGAAUACCUUUAACUCUGUGAACAAGAAGAAGGUUAGCUCUACAACAAAACCUGUGCGUUUGAGUGGCAAGGAAGCCGAGCAGUUGGGUUUCGCCUCCCCAAACAUUAAGUCCACUUCUGCUCCAGUCUCCUUGAGCUCCACUUUACCACCAUCUGGAGGUCUUUUGCCCAAUUUGAACCGAUUGAAUACCUAUCGAAUGCCUGGAAUGAACAUCGCCGAAGUGCAGAACCAAACCUCGGCGGCCAUCAAGAAUGCCUUCCAGAACAUCUUCAAGCUGCCCUUCCGAACUCCCAUGACCUCCACUAUGCCCGCUUCCAUCGGAGAUCAACCAGUAAUUGUGGGUAGUGUACCCCAGAAGAAUCAGUCAAACGAUUCCAUGGAUUACAAGUGGGAUGAUGAUAGCGAAGGCGCUGGAGAUGGCGAUGGCAUUUCCGGUGAUGUGGACACCGUGGAAAACACGGCGGCGGAACUGGACACCAGCUCCUCCUCGGAGAAGCACCUCUUCGCGCACAAGGCCCACCACCUGAUGCACACGGUGGGUCAGGUGGCCACCGCCCAGCAGAGCACUCAGAAGCAGGCGCUUCGCGAAGGGGGAAUCAUCAUCCAGCGACUGAAGGUUCGCAGGGGCGGCAUCGCAAUCGCCGGACCCGGGGGCGUGGCCACCGCGGGCAGCGGGGGAACAGCGAUCGUGGGUCCCGGGGGAUAUGCCCUGACCCAUCCAAGGAGUCUCACCAUCGCAGGUCCCGGAGCGAAAGUGAUCUCCAUUCCGGCGAAUGUGGAUCUGAAAGACGCCUUGGCACGAACGGAUUUGGAGGCGAGGAGUUUUCCGCGGGAGGGGAAGAUCGUGGCCACGGGACCCACGGUGUACUAUGCCCCGCCCACGGGCACCACCACCACCAUGGAGGAGGCGGAGGAUCAGGGGGCGGGGAUGGAGGCGGGACAGUUUUAGAAAAAAAGCUUUUACUUUCUAGUUAGGAUCGAUAGUUGGUAUUGUCUAGUGUUUUAAUAAAUUCUUGUAUUUCCUAA